AUUUCAGCAAGUUAAACACGGGGAUCGCUUCCUCAAUGCAUUCCUCGGGCAUGCAUACAAAUUUUGAGAACCAAAUAAAAGAUGAGGAAUUUGGUUCUUGUUUUUGUUAAUAAUUAACUAUCUUUCCUGCGUUGCUAACAAUUUCGUCAGCAGAACAAUGUGGGAACCAAGCAGGAAAUGCGCUUUGUGUUGUAGCCAGUACGAAUGGGUGUGGUUCAACCGCUGAAUACUGUGGAACUGGUUGCCAGAGCCAAUGCAGGACCGGCGGUACUCCUACUCCAACUCUGUCCAAUCCCGCCGGCGGAGGUGGCGUUAAAUCCAUCUUUAGCCAAUCUCUUUUCAACCAAAUGCUCAAGUAUCAUAACGACCCGAGAUGCCCAAGUAACGGUUUCUACACUUACAACGCGUUCAUCAAGGCGGCGCGAUAUCAUUACUCGGAAAAGAGAAGAUUGCCGCAUUCUUGGGCCAGACUUCACAUGAGACCACAGGUCAAUAAUAAUAAUAUUUCCGUCAUAAUUUUGCGCGCUCCCUAACUGUAAUAUUUGAUGUAGGAAAAGCCAUGCAAUUUAUAUAUGUGCAGGUGGAUGCAGGCCUAGUGCACCAGAUGGUCCAUAUGCAUGGGAGUAUUGUUUCAUCAGGGAAAGGAAUCCGUCUGGCAAUUUUUGCGAUUCUCCUGAUUGGCCCUGUCCUGCUGGUAGACAGUACUACUAUGGCAGAGGACCCAUUCAACUCACUCACAAUUAUAACUAUGGACAAGCGGGCAGAGCAAUUGGACAGGACCUUUAUUAACAAUCCAGACUUAGUAGCAACAGACGCUGUUAUUUCUUUCAAGACAACAAUCUGGUUCUGGAUGACGCCACAGGGGAACAAACCCUCUAGCCACGACGUGAUUUCGGGGAGAUGGACCCCAUCUGCAGCUGACAGGUCAGCAGGAAGGGUCCCAGGUUAUGGAGUCAUCACCAACAUCAUUAAUGGGAGUGUGGGAAAGGCCCAAAUGAUAAGGUGGCUGAUCGGAUUGGGUUCUUCCGGGGGUACUGCGACUUGUUGGGAGUUGGCUAUGGACACAACCUAGAUUGCUACAGCCAGAGACCUUUUUAGUGAGAAUAUCUUGUUAGUUCAUAAGCAAUAUUCGAAUAAUCUUUUUCCAAAAAAAAAAAGAAAAGAAAAAAAGAAAUCGAAUAAUAAGCAAAUAAAUUCCUCUAAUAUUUACCAAUUAAGACAUGUAAUUGAUUGGGUUUCUGAUAUAGUAAUAUAUAAUUUGUGAUUAGAAGUGAACUAUGACGUUUAUCUGAUUGGACAUGCACUUCCUGAAGUUGCUUGUGCAAUAUGAUCCAAGGAUGUAUGAAUCCCUCUAUUCUAUCUUACUCAGUCAGCUUAAUGAAUGUCAUAC